AUGGACGUGGUUCUUUCCAAAGGCGCUUCUACUGUCCUUUUUGGGGCCUCUCAGUUUGAGAGGUUUACCCUCGACUUUCCAACGGGGUCACGAGUGAGAAGAGGAGCUUCUCCGGAGCUGUCACGUUGGAAUUGGCCAAAUAAGGCAAAGACAACUGUGUACACACACACACACACACACACACACACACACACACACACACACACACACACACACAAGAAGGGGCUGUCUGUUGUACUUCUUCUCAAAGUGAACUUCUCUUUCUCUUUGACAGUCCUAUCCUACUUUCUCUCCAAAGUUGGACUGAAGGGAUUUUAUCCUAACAAACUCACUCUUCGGUCUCUCUUGGAGAUCAACAAAAACAGCAUAAAUGAAGAAGCUGUCUCAUCUGUGGAGGACAUACCAUGGGGUUUUCUCAGGAAACUAUUUAAACUCAAUUCUGAAUGCAGGAGCUGUACACAAAUUUCAGAACACAACGAACCAGAGCCACCCCCUAACGAUGAUGAUAAUGAUGAUGAUCUUUACACUGCAGAGGAUAAUAAGGUCAACCCUCUCGACCUCAUAGUAGCACUCUUCCUUUGUGCUGACAGUUUCUUGCAACAGGAACUGGCCCUCAAGAUGUCCAUGUGCCAGUUUUCUGUCCCACUGCUGUUGCCCCAUGCCAAUAACAGUCAGAGUACCCUGAUGCUUUGGGCUCUGAGAGACAUCGUUAAAGAGUGGCGUCCACAUGAUUUGUCUGAAUCAAAAGGGUUUGUAGAAGACAACAUUAUCCAAGCAGAGAUUCCAUUUUACUCCUUUGUGCGACUGAAAAACUGCAGUUUAUCCAAGUCCCAGUGGUUGAAUCAUGUUCUCAGCUUUGGUCAGUCCAACAACAAUACGUUCAUACACAGAGAUAUGGAAGGUGGAGAAGUAAAAAGAAACAUUGCCAAUGGUUUAGUAGAGGUUUGCUGGUACCUUCCCAGUGGUACUGAAAAUCUUAACAUAUUUCCAGAGCCAGUUGCAUUCGCUAAUUUGCGAGGAGACGUUUGUGAGUCACUCGCACAGUUCGCUUUUCUUUGUCAUGUGUCCACUGCUGUCUUUGUGUUCCUGGACAAAGUUGAAGAAGAGGAGCACAAGAUUCUGACUUCUCUUGAAGAUGUGAAAUCCAAACUGUUCUUUGUUUUUAACCGCAAGGAGGUGAAUAGUACAGAAGAUAUGUCUGUCAAGAAAACACUACAAGAAUUAGACCUACCAAAGACCAGUGUGAAAAUCAAGGAUCCAAGGAUAAAUGUAGCAGAGUUUUCAAAAAGACUUUGUGCAGCCAUCAAGACAUCCCUCAAAGAUGUAAAAACCACAAAAAGCAUUGCAAAUAUGCUUGACAAAGCUGUUGAACUUGGUCUAUCUGUGGAUGAACGCACAAGUGACGACCAAAGGAAGGCAGCUGAGGACAUUGUGAAAGGAAUCGGAGAGCGACCUAUACCAGACUACAAGAAAGAACAACUUCCUUUGCAAGGAGAUAACUGGAAAAGGUUAUCAAAGUUAGAGAAGGAGGAAUGUAGGAUGAAAGACACUGGUGACUCAGGCCUCGAAGAGUAUAAAUCUCAGCUACAGGCAGAAAAACUAAAAAUCAGAGAGGGCCAAAGCAAACAAACAUUGUCAAAAGGAAUUAAGAGUUUUAUUGAAAUCUUAUCCACAAGUGACAAAGAAAAAAGAGAUUAUUUCCUUAAGUGGAUGAAGUUGAAGUUAAAUUCACAUUCUCGGGACAAACUGACUGAUCUGCGUAACAAAUUUAAAGAGCAAUGCACGAAGAAAGAUGCAAAACUCACAGCAGGGUUGGAUCAGGCUUUGCUGGAUAGCUCUUUAGGAUUAGAGCAUUACAUGAGAGAGAUGGGGCUGAUCUAUGAGUUUUCGUUUCAAUCACCAAACACUGCUGAUGAAACAUCUCGUCUCCCUGGUUUGGCAGCUGAAAUGCUGUUGGAUGGAUAUCCUUUAGAGCUCUUAGACGGAGAUGCGUCUAACAUCCCAGAGAGAUGGGUGACAGAUGUGCUAAUGGAGCUUCACAAGAAGGUCGGAGAGAAGAGCAGACUGUUGGUACUGACGGUGUUGGGUGUUCAAAGUAGUGGGAAGUCAACACUCCUCAACACCAUGUUUGGUGUGCAGUUUCCUGUCAGCAGUGGCAGAUGCACAAGAGGAGCUUAUAUGCUCUUCCUCAGAGUAAGUGAGGAUUUACAAAAGGACUUGAACUGUGACUUUAUACUUCUCAUUGACACAGAAGGUCUUAAGUCUUCUGAUUUGGCACAACUAGAGGACAGUUAUGAACAUGACAACCAGCUGGCAACCUUUGUGAUUGGCUUAAGUGAUGUCACCAUUAUCAACAUCGCAAUGGAGAACUCAACAGAAAUGAAAGAUGUUCUGCAAAUUGCCACUCAUGCUUUCUUGAGAAUGAAGGAGAUUGGUAAAAAGCCAGUUUGUCAUUUUGUGCACCAGAAUGUUGGUGGAGUCUCAGCUCAUACCAAGAAUCUGACAGAAAGAAAACAAUUAUUGGACCAGCUCGAUGAAAUGACUCAAAUUGCAGCGGAAAUGGAAAAGCAGCCCGGUAUAAAAGCUUUCACAGAUGUGCUGGACUAUGACAUGGAAAAAAACAACUGGAACAUCCCAGGACUCUGGCAUGGGACCCCACCGAUGGCACCAGUAAACACAGGUUACAGUGAAGCUGUAGCAGAUUUAAAGAAAAAUCUUUUGGAGACAGGGAAAGGUGAAAAAAGCAAUGAAUUCUCACAGAUUCCUGAUUUUCUAGAGUGGAUGAGAAACCUCUGGAAAGCAGUAAAAUAUGAGAACUUCAUCUUCAGUUUCAGGAACACUCUUGUGGCUCAUGCAUAUGACAACCUUGACAAAGAGUUCGGUGAAUGGGAAUGGGAGUUCAGGAAAGAGAUUCUCUCCUGGCAGACAGCAGCAGAGUUGGAAAUCAAAAAUGCUGACAAUGAAUCUCAGGUGGAAAUAUGGAACAAAUUGGUUGAAUCAAAAAAAUCUGAGUUGUUGAAGAAAAUAGAAGCCCGGCAAAACAUAAUGAAGGAAAAACUCACAAACUACUACAAAAGAAAAGACACACGUGUACAUUUGAUAGAGAAAUACAAAUUUGACUUUCUCAUCAGGAUCAAAAGUCUUGCAAUUGAAGUUGAACAUUCUGUGUGUAAUUCCUUGGAUAAUGCCCUUAAACUGAAAAUCGGUUUAAAAGAAGCUCAGGACAUACAGCGGAAAUCCAGAGGCGUGAUUGAAGAGCGGGUCAUGAAACUCCUGAGUCACUGCAAAAACACCACACCGCCUGAUGAACAGCUGGCACAUGAGUUUGAAAAUAUGUGGGCUAGAGCUACUGAAAAUAUACCUCACCUGAAAGAACGAGACAUAUCUGCAUGCAUUCUCAAACAAAUGAGAAAACAUUUCUCAAAUCAGAAUGUAAAUGAAAAAUUGCUAAAUGUUGAAGACCUAAAGAAAAUUGGGCUGGGUAAAUUUAAGACCACAAGAGACCAUAUUGACUACUAUUUGAAGCAGCUGAAAUAUCUGUGGGGAACUGGAGAUUUACAGAGUUUUGCAGACAGUAUCAUUGAGAUUUCCAUCCAGUUUGUUCUUGAUAAAACAAAGACAAACGGAGAUUACCAUGACUCUUUCACAAAAGAGCUUUUGGAGAAAAUAGAUGAAAAGAUUGAACAGAACUACAAACGCUACAAAACAAAUAAACAGUUUGAGAUUGACCUGAAACUUCAUAUUUGUGGCAUUGCCUCCAGGGAAUUCCAAAAAAUGCACCAAAAAUUCAUGUCGGACAAUAAUCCAAGACGUCAGCUGGAGAAGUACAAGAAUCAGUACUUGUUAGAUUUUAUCGAUUUAUACAAACAGAGAGAUGAUUGCCAACGCAAAGCAAAUGAUUUUGUCAGACUUUGUGUCAAACCUGCUGUUGAAGAGAACAUCAGUGGAUCUCUGGGAAUAGACAUUGUAGAUCAGAUUUUGACAAGUUCCCAUUCAGCAGAGUACAGUUCACGCUCCUUUUUCCAGUACAACAUUCAGAAAGAGCUGCUGCAAAAGGGAAAGUUUGAGAGUUUUGUCAAGUACAUUUGUAUGUAUGAGAUUUAUGUUAAAGAUUGGAUAUUUCAGCAAAUUCUGCGAAAUAUGUCAGAAGACAAAACUUUGUGCAAACUGAAAAGUAAGAACCUGCAGGUCAUAGUUAACAAAAUAACAGAAGCAACAGAACAAGCCUCAAAAGGAGAUGACGGUGUUUUGCUGCCAGACAACCAGGAAAGCAUCACAAAGCUCAUCAACAACAUGCGCAAACAUCUGAUCAGAGACAUCUCAAUGUCAGAGGAGGCUGUAAAAACCACCUUGUUUCAAAUCCAAAGCACAUGUCGUCCAUUUACAAAGAGCCUCAUUAAAGCAUUGGGUGAAUUGAAGAAACAGCUGCAGGAGGAAUUCUUAAACUCUGAAGACAUCACCAAGACUCUGAACAAACUUCCAAUCAAACCACAAGAUGAGCUUUUCAAGCGGGUGUUUGGUUGUGGACAACAAUGUCCAUUUUGUAAAGUUCCUUGUGAGGCUGGAGGCAAAGACCACAAGAAACAUCAUGCAGCUGUUCAUCGGCCACAGGGUCUUGGUAGAUACAGGAUGGUGGGCACUAAGAAGCUGAGUGAAACACUGUGUACAACAGAUGUGCACAGUGAACGUAAAUUCAGAAACGCAGUAACUAAAUGGGAGUACCAUCCCUAUAAGGACUACAUGGACUACUAUCCAGACUGGGACAUUCCUCCUGAUAGAACCAUCGAGGCAUCGGACUACUGGAAGUACGUCCUGGUUCAAUACAAUGAAAGAUUUGCUGAAGAAUACAAAGCCAAACCAGCUGAUGUUCCCGAGGCCUGGAGGAGCAUCACAAAGGAACAAGCACUGAAGGGAUUAAAAGAUGCUUUCAACAUUAAGUGAACAAUGUACAAUCCUGAAAAAUAUCUGUUAAACAAAACAACAUUUAAACAUUGAAGAAUUUAUUAAAUGUCCAGAGAAAUCCCAAAGGAGAACUGAAGUAGAGCAUUAAGAAGAGCAAUCAGUCAAAUAAAAGAUGAGACUAUUACCUUUGCUUUAAAGAUUUGAUCUAAUUCAGUAUAAUUAAAACACCUCAAAUACUUUAGAAACUGUUACCUUAAAUAAUUUAAGUAUGAUGGACGAUAAGAUUUUGUUUCUUUUUAGUAAACGUUUUUUUGUGAUAAACGUCACAAACACUAAACCAGCUCUGGCAGUGAAUACUGUGGCGAGCUGAAGUCUGGUGAAGGAAAAAUGAGUUGAACACGUGCAAAAGCUGAAACAAUAACUGGAAAUAAAUAUAAGACUUUUAAAUGUUUUCUAUGCUUUAUACUUUUUGAAUAUUACAGAUGUGUUUUUGUUUAUUAAUCUUCUACAAGCCCUCAUGCACAAUGACUGGUACACAACAAUGAUGUUGACAAUGAUAAAGAAAAUUACAAUGUACUACUAAAACAAUUAGAAAAGAUAAUU